GGGAACUCAUAUCAAAAUGGAACAAUUAGUAGAGAGGAGAAGCAGCAGAAUCUCAGUCAAUCCAGUCAAACAUUUUACAGCCCAAUAGUCUACACCUCAUUCUACCAUCAUAAACACCCGGUGCCCUUGCCCACAAGUUUAUGAACACACCACUUUGGCCUCUCACCAUCUAUAUUAUAAUACUAAUUAUCACACUAUUCUUUAAAGACACAAAAGCCUCAUAGGAGAGAAGAUGCAGCAAUAUUACAAGAGAAAAGCUCAACAAAAUUUCCUGGGUUUUAAUUUUUGGGUGCUCUCUUUCUUUCUCCCCUUUUCCCUGUUUAGCUAAUUUCAUUUUCUCUGUUUCUGUUCUUUUUUUUUGGUUUGUGAUAUUUUCCUUCUUCCCUUUUUUUUUCUUUCUUUCUGCCCAUUAAACAAUGAAAAUGGCAGAUUACCAAUCAUCCUUUCCCCUCCAUAGGAAACACCCAUCAUUGCUCCCAACAAUCCUUUUCAACCUUAGAAACCUGAGCUUCUAAGAUAUUCCCUCCUCCCAUCCUUCUCUUCUUCUUCUCCUUCCUCCCAGCGUUUCUUACAAUUUAAAUAUCACUCUCUUUAUAACCUUUUUUUUCUCCCCCCUCUCUCUCACUCACUCAUUCACUUCUCUCCAAUCCUUUUUUUUUUUUUUUUUCUCCUUUAAGUCUUCUUCUCUAUGAUGGAUCCUUCUCCCACCAACUCUGUGAAUGGCUUCUACUCCUUUCUUACUCGAGGCAUAGAUGACCUUGAACGCGUCUUCCUCUCCACUAACUUCAUGUCAAUUCAAUUCCUUCAAAGAGUCCUUUCUCUUCUAAGAUCUUUCCAUUCCCAAUUGACUCUGCUUGUUCAGAAGCUCCACUUGCCUGUUGGGGAGAAGUGGCUUGAUGAGUACAUGGAUGAGAGUUCCAAGCUCUGGGAGGCUUGCCAUGUCCUCAAGUCUGGCAUCUCCGGCAUGGAGAAUUACUACUCCGCCGGCCUUAACAUAGCUGCAUCACUCGACAGCCACCGCCAUCUCAGCCCACAGCUAUCUCGCCAGGUGAUCCGGGCAAUUUCAGGGUGUCGCAUAGAAGCGGUAGGACUGGAGGAGGGGAACAGGGCGAUGAUGGAAACCAGAAUCCAACCGCUUUCGCUGAGGUUGGAUGAGAAGGUGUCGAUAGAAUCAAAGCUGAAUGGAUUCAAUGGUUUUAGGGGAGUUCUGUAUGCAAUGAGAAAUGUGAGCUCACUGCUUCUUAUGAUCUUGCUUUGUGGGUUGGUUUAUUGCUGGCCUGAAUCCAAUUUUCUGAGAGGAGGAUAUGAAGGCUGCUUGCUGUUCGGAUCAGCCUUCAUGAUAUCGACAGCGAGGUUGCAGCAGAGGGUGGCGGCUGAAAUUAAUCAGAUCAAUGGACGACCUGGAAUUCUGCUAUAUGAGUUCAGGAGAUCAAAGGUAGCCAUGGAUGAACUGAGAGGAGAAUUGGAGAGGAGGUGUUCACAGGGAGUGCUGGACUGGGAAUCAGAAGUGGGGAUUGGGGAGAGAGUGGAGAACUUGAGGGGAUGCUUUGGGGUGUUGAGAUCUGGGGCUGAGAAUAUUAUUGGACAACUUGAUGAUUUCUUUGAUGAAAUUGUUGAAGGGAGGAAGAAGCUUUUGGACUUUUGCAGUCAUAGGUAGGGGAUAGAAUGGGUGGAAAAAAAAGAAAAAAAGAAAAAAAGAAGAAAAAAAGAAGAAAAAAAAAAACACAAGUAGAGGAAUCAGUUCUUGGGGGUUGAUUGUACUUUUUUUAACCCUUCUCUUCUCCUUUUAUUUUAUUUUAUUUUAUUUUAUUUUCUUUUUUACUCCCCUUUUCUCUCCCUUGUGAUUUCUCUGUUUCUACUACAUUCACAAUAGUUGAAGCUUUGAAGAUAGCUUUUCCUUUUUA